ACCUUAUUUGAUAACAUUAUAAUUUAAUUAAUAUUUUAGUGGUACCUGUCUCAAUGACGUUAAAGUACGCUCAAUAAUCAACACUUGAUGAAGGAUUUUCGGUUUAUCGUACUGUUAUCUAAUCAAUAAAAUAGUUGAUAGAAAAAUUGAAUUUAUUACGACACACUAUAUUAUAAUAACAGUGAAUAGGAAUGGAGAUUGUGGACGAGUUUUGCGAUUUGUUGCAGUCACAUGCUAAUCGAGAUAAGGUAGUAGCUCUUACAAGCUACAUCCUAAAGCUAUGGGGCACCACGUCGAAUCGUCAAGAAUUAUUGACUGCAAGCACUCGCUUUGCUGCUACCAGAGCUACGCUGCGGCUUUUUGACGAUGCAGGCGCUCUGAAAGUUCUUUACACGUAUGGACUUGGGAAACACGAGGGUCCAUGGUGGGGUGCUUUAGGUGUCACGAACAGCGUGUUCACACUCACCUUCCUUCAGGCUGAGAAACUUCAAUGGCUCUUGGACACGGGUGUGCUGAAAGUCAAUGACGAAAUUGCCUACAAGAUACGGACAGCGCACAAGUUGUUCUGGUCUUUGAGUGCGUUCUUAGGUUUUAUAAGAUCAAUUCGCACUGUUCAUCUCUCAGCGCAACAAUUAAAGGAAAAAGCCACUAAAUGCGCACCAGCUCGCUUCACACAAGCAACCCUUACCAGCACAAAGUAUUUCCUGGACAUCAUACACCUGGUCAACUGGCUCCCCAAGGGCUGGCUCUGGGGCAGCUCUAUAAAGACCACGCAUGCUGCAGCCAUAGCUACUACAUCGGGGAUUCUUGGUCUGGUUAUGCAUUAUCAUGGGAAACGGUUACUUCCACAGUAAUCUCAAGAUUUUAAGCCAACGUUUAAAUGGACUUCUUUAGCAGAAAUCGUAAUAUUUAUUAAAUGUAAUAUAAAAAUAAAUUCUAUCAUCAUAUUUAGAUACAUUGUCACAAUGUCUGUUCCCACACUCCUCCGAAACGGCUAGACCGAU